GCUUACACUGUUAAAAAAACGUACUUUUUCCGGUAAUUAACCCCCCCUAAAAUCGGUAGUUUUACCUAAAAACGGUGGUUUUCAAUUUUUACGAAAAAAACGGUGAUUUUUCACCCGAAAUAAACAAUGUGGGUUUUACACACCAGAUAACGGGGUUGUCGCAUCAGACAAUGGUGUUCGCGAACUAAUAAAUGGUGCAGCUACCCCGAAAAGUGGCUCUGUUAAUUGUUUAUAUUUUAAUGAGCGUAGCGUUAGACAUUGUAAAAAUUGUUCGUCUGUUUUGUGUUCUGACUUUGAACUUGUGAGUUCCAGAUUUGCUGCAUCAUGGAUUUUCAACUUGAGAAUAUUGGUAUACCAUAUUAAUCCCGAUUAAUAUAUAUGAAUAAUAAUAACCAUAUAAUCCCCACCCGAUUACCCGACUUCUGCCCCGGAUCUUACCCAGACAUUUUAUUUAAGUUCAAAAUUCGGGAAAUUCUUCAUGUUUUUCAUGUCUUUCUCAUUUAGCGCCAUAAAUGUGCCAUUUUUUCAAGAUGCCGCCGGGGCUAUCGGUUUCACCGGGUAUUUUGAACCGAACCGAACCGCUCGAAAAGUACCUACCCGGGUCGCAACCGAUCGGCCAUUUUUCGGGUAGGUCAGUGCGGUUUUUUGGGGUUCAGGUAUCGAGGCCGAGCCCUAAUUGUCAAUAAUCACCAAAACCAUAUUUCACUGUAUGGCAACGUCAAUGUGUUCAACUAUAACCUACGGGAAUUCUUGAAAAUCAGUCGGCCAUUGAUAGCUACACUGUCUACAUGCUUUCAUUGUCCAACCUAAAGUUCAGUUUUCUAUUUAAAACGUGGAAAGUAACUCUCAGUAACCCUAAAAAUGGUAGAUUCAGAUCGUAAAAAUGUAAUUGUAGUGCUUGAAUCUAAAGGAGACGAGGAUUCAGAUGAUAAUUUUGAGAUUGGUUUUUCUAAUGAAAAUGGAAAGUAUUCAGAUCUUGCUUUGAUAAAAAAAAAAUUGAUAGCCAAGAGUGAAAGAGUGCAAAAUUCAUUAAAGGAUCGUGACUUAGUCUUUAAAAGACAAAGUGACAUUAAAGAAGGUGUAUGGGUUGUUGUGGGCGAGGAUUCGCCAGUUAAGUCUGGUUCAAAACCUCAGCCAAAAGGUCUCUCCAUGCUGCUACAACAGAUGCUGCAGUUAUGGAUCCUUCUUCUAUGCCUCUUGUUUCAAAUGAUGAAUUUAUAAAAGAAUUGGUAGUUGAAAAUGUGUCUACUCCUGUUACUAUAUAUGAUCACUCGUCACAAAAUGUCUCCACUUAUGACAUUUCACAUGAUAAUUUUUUUGUUCUUCCACAAGAAUUGGUUGCUGAAAAUGCUUCUUCUCAUUCCUUGCGAGAUGCCUCUGAAGGAAACUGUGUGUUAGACAAUUCAGAAACAAGUACUGAUAUCGUCGACAGCAGCUGUGAUGACCAUGCCCAAAAUAUUAGAAGCGUUGCGAAAAACCUAAAGAAAAGAAAAUUGUGUUUGCAAUCGCGGAAUCCACCCUCAAAGACAACGUGUCUGACAACUGCUGUACUGAAAGAAAGACGAGAACCAACUUCAGUGCCACUGCCAGCCAAUUUCAUCUUACCUAAUUGAUUUGAUUGUUAUUGCAUAGAGUUAAUGUGCUCGCCUUAAUUUGUUAACAAAGAAGACAUUAAUAAUAAAGAUCAUGUUCAGUUUUAAUUAUA